AUGGCCGCCCCAACUUCCGUCCAGGACGCGCCUACCACGCCGCAGGAUGCCCGUCGCAAGAGAAAGGCCAAGGACUCCUCCUCCAGCAAACACGACGCCAAGCGCAUCCGUACGCAGGACGAGAAAAACGCCGCAGCUUCUGGAACAAAGCAGAUCAAGACCGAGACCGCGCUUGCCAUUGUGGGAGACAAGAAUACGCAAACCGUGAACCAAGACGCGGGCGACGUCGUGAAGACUAAGCUUCGCCCGGACAGGAGCAGCUGGUACACUUCUGAACCUGCGGGCGGCCGCUUUCUGCCCAUCGACCCUGUCUUCAGCAAAGAUGAGAGAUAUAUUAUUUUCUCCACGGCAAAAGCUGUGCACAUUUACUCGACCGCAACCUCUCUUCUUGUCCGGACGCUUCCAAUGGGCACCAGCCACAGCAUCACCGCAUACGCCUUGUCAGACGCUGAGCCGAACCAACUUUACGUUUCCGACGCAUCUGGUUAUGUUAUUCUGUGGGACUGGGUAAGCGGGAAGAAGAUCCAGCGGUACAACCUGUCUGCCACCAUCCGCGGCAUAGCAACCAGCGCCGUAGAAACCGACAGCGGAGACAAACUCGACACCGUAUUUACCCUGGACAAGGGCGAGCGCAACAUUAUCUACGCCCAGAGGUUGCGUGGUCACAAGGACGAGUCUGAGAAGGUUGCUGAGCCGUUGCUCAGGACCAAGGUUCCUCUUCAGUCUUUCAUCGUGGCUGGUGGUGGCCAAGUUAUUGCCGCAGCCGCCAAGGAUCGCGUCUUUGUUGGCCACUUGAAGAAUACCUCUGCUACGACCCCCAAGGAUUUUGUUUUCAUUUGGAGAGAGCUCAGCUGCACGCAGACAAUCACCUCCAUUGAUAUCCGAGUCAGCCGUCAGGAAUCCGCGAAAGCCACACCAAAGAAGGGCGCAUCGCCGAUCGGUCAAGUCAACUUGGUCAUCGGUUGCUCGAGCGGUGCACUGCUCGUCUACGAGGACAUCAUUUCUAAGCUCAGCAGCGCUGAGAAGCAGCAAAAGAAGGAUCCGAAGGACGCUCCCUCCCCGCUUUCCCUGGCUCCUCGCCAUCUCCAUUGGCACAGAAAUCCCGUUGGGGCCGUCAAGUGGUCAUUGGAUGGAAACUAUAUCAUUUCCGGUGGUCAGGAGACGGUUCUUGUUCUUUGGCAGCUUCAAACUUCUAAAAAGCAGUUCCUUCCCAACCUUACGUCUACCAUCGACGGUGUUGUGGUUUCUCCGAGCGGAACUUCGUACGCUGUUCAGCUUGCGGAUAAUUCGGUCAUUGUUCUCUCAACCACUGAAUUGGUCCCGAAGGCCAAUAUUGCUGGAGUGCAGUCACGCUUCUUCACUCUAGAGGCGACUGUUGACAAGGUUAUACUGGACGAGGUCCGCCGCACGGCUGCUGCCAUCAACCCGCAAAAUCCCAACCAGAUUUUGCUUUCUGUUCCUGCGUCGCAGCCCAGGACCGAAGCAGGCACAACCAGUCCGCCUGCUCCAUUCCUCCAGAGUUACGAUAUCUCGUCCAACCAUCACGUCUUCCGCCAGGCCAUCACGCGUAACAACGCCACCAACAUCAACCAAGGCCCGAAUGCAACUAAGCUGCGCGAGCCUGAUCUUCGGCAUCUGCAACUCAGCCAUGAUGGAAAAUGGCUUGCUACUGUCGAGGAGUGGGCUCCGCCAGUGGAGGAUAUAGAACACCUUGCUGUGGAGAAGAAGAUGAUUGAAGAAGAGCAGAAUGCUAGGCGUGAGGUCUACCUCAAGUUCUGGCUCUGGAAUGAGGAGAAGUCCCAGUGGAUGUUGGAGACCCGCAUUGAUGCACCGCACAAAUUUACCGACAAGGUCAUCUCCGGUCGUAUUUUCGAUCUGAAGUACGACCCAAGCAGCACCUCGUUCGCCACCGUUGGCGAAGAUGGGUUUGUCCGUGUCUGGGCACCAAAGACCAGGCUGCACGAUGGCACCGUGGUCAGAGGAAACAAGGGUGAGGGUCUCGUUACCUGGUCGAACCGCAACGCAAUUCGGUUGGAGGCAGCUGUCGAGGGUCUGGAUGCCAACUCGGAUAUCCCCAGCGAACUCGUCCCCGUCCACGCCCGUCUAGCCUACUCUCCCGAUGGAUCCGUCCUCGCCGCAAGUCAGGAAUUCUAUGGCAACAACAGCCAGGGUCUGGUUCAUUUUAUCGACCCUAGCACUGGAGCCAUAAGGUACUCCCGUGGAGGUCUGUACACCACUGGUCUGGUUGACCUUGGCUUCGUUGGCCGCCAGUUCAUCAUUGUGUCCAACUCGCUCAGCGUGUGGGACUUGGUCGAUGACGAGCUCAACUACGGCUACAGCUUCCGUCCGCUGGGUCUCACUCGCGCCCAGAAGGCCGAGAUCGCCCACCUCGCCAUCAACAACACGGACGGCACAUUCGCCGUCUCGCUGCCUCUGCCGGAGCAGCAGAAGAAGAACAAGGCCAUCAAAUCGGAAGCCGAGACAGACGCUGCUGCCAAACAACAACAGCCCCAACCCCCCAAGAAGCGUCAAUCCAAGGUCUUCGUCUUCUCCACCUCCUCGCCUCGCCCACUCUACUCCAUCGUCGUCCCGCAGAUCGUCACCGCUCUCCUCCCCGCCGGCAACAACAACAAGGGCUUCGUCGUGCUCAACUCGUCCGCCGAGAUCCGCGUCGUCGCGCCCAAGACGGCGGCCGGCCUGCAGCUCGUCGGCCCCGUCGCCGCACCCGAGGAGAACCUGGACCAGUUCGUGGACCAGGAGACGGCCCUGGAGCCGCUAGUCGACGACGAUGACGAGGAAGAGGUUGAGACCAAGGAGGAGAUGGAGAAGCUGCCGGAGGUGCCGGAUGAGAUGGUGAAUGACGGGGAUGAGAACGACAAGCCGGUCGUCAGGCCCGAGAUGCUGGCUGGCGUGUUUGACGUUGGGCCGAGCUUCGCGCUGCCCCCGGUUAGGGAUCUGUUUGAGGCGGUUGUGGGGUUGUACGGGAGGAAGCCGAGGGGCGGUGUGGUCGCGGCUUGA